CUCUUGCGCAUGCGCGAAGAGGAAAGCGUUCGACUUGGGUGUCCGUUGGGGAGUUUGGUCGCCGUUUCCGGUCAUUCCCGGCUUCUUCCUGCUCACUCCCCCACCUCUGUCGAUCAGUUAACUGUCGCCCGCGAUGCCGUUAGAGUUUGAAUUAUGUCCGGGCCGGGUGAUCGGCGGAGACCAGCCCUGCUUUAUUAUCGCCGAGAUUGGGCAGAACCACCAGGGAGACCUGGAGAUCGCCAAGCGGAUGAUCCGCGUGGCCAAGGAGUCUGGCGCAGAUUGUGCCAAGUUCCAGAAGAGCGAACUGGAGCACAAGUUCAACAAGAGAGCCUUGGCGAGGCCCUACACGUCCAAGCACUCAUGGGGGCAAACGUACGGAGAGCAUAAGCGCCACCUGGAGUUCAGCCACGACCAGUACAGGGAGCUGCAGCGCUACGCCAAGGAGAUUGGCAUUUUUUUCACAGCCUCGGGCAUGGACGAGAUGGCUGUGGAAUUUCUGCAUGAGCUGGAUGUUCCAUUUUUUAAAGUAGGAUCAGGAGACACAAACAAUUUCCCCUACUUGGAAAAGACAGCAAAAAAAGGUCGUCCAAUGGUGAUUUCUAGUGGGAUGCAGUCAAUGAACACAAUGAAGCAAGUCUACCAGCUGGUGAAGCCCAUCAACCCAAACUUCUGCUUCCUACAGUGCACCAGCGCGUACCCUCUUCAGCCCGAAGACGUCAACCUUCGUGUCAUAGCGGCAUACAGAUCUGCAUUCCCAGAUAUUCCAAUUGGCUAUUCUGGUCAUGAGACUGGGAUAGCCAUUUCUGUUGCAGCAGUUGCUAUGGGGGCCAAAGUAUUGGAGCGUCACAUCACACUGGACAAGACAUGGAAAGGAAGUGACCAUCAAGCAUCUCUGGAGCCAAACGAGUUGGCAGAACUGGUGAAAAGUAUCCGGAUGGUGGAGAAGGCCAUGGGGUCUCCCAGCAAGCAGCUCUUGUCCUGUGAAAUAGCGUGCAAUGAAAAGUUGGGAAAAUCUGUUGUUGCCAAAGUAAGGAUCCCCAAAGGCACCACACUGACCCUGGACAUGCUAACAGUCAAGGUGGCUGAACCCAAAGGAUAUCCCCCAGAAGAUAUCUAUGACUUAAAGGGCAAGAAGGUCAAGAUCAACAUUGAUGAAGAUGAAACUAUCAUUGAAGAUGCAAUUGAAAAUCACGUGAAGAAGGUGAAAUGUUAAAUGCAAGAGUUUCUGUAUGAUUUGCAGAUACCGCCUUGGUAAUAUCACAGAAUUGUGCGUUUGAAGGAUUGAGCGAAGGGUGGAGGGGAUGCAGAUCUCACAGGGGUUCUUGUUUUAGGUGAACAAAACUGCAAGGCCAACACCUCUUAUCAUUUGCACCUGGGAUUCUAAUAGAAACUGGGCAGUAUAGUACAUGUUUAUGAUCUUCAGACUUCUUGCUGAAGUUCCUGGUUAAAGUAUUUCCAGAGGGAGUUUUCCAAAGGGCAAAGUGGAGCUUUCAAGAAGAUAUCUCUGCAGGGGCAAGAUGAGCGGCAAUCAUGAAUGUUGAUUGUAGUGGAGCGUUUUGUAUUUAUGAAGGCCAUUCUGUGCUCUGCUUCCCCCAUUUAGAGAGCCAGCAUGCUGUAGUGGUUAACAGCAGGUGGAUUCUAAUCUGGGGAACCGGGUUUGAUUCCCCACUCCUCCACCUGAGUGGCAGAGGCUUACCUGGUGAACCGGAUGUGUUUCCACAC